GAUCAAAAAUGACAAGACGAAGCCUCAAUGUUCCCCGCCCUCUAUCGUCUAUUGACUUACUCAUUAUCAUAAGUUAGGAAGAUGCGGCUCGUUAUUUUCGUUGUAUUGGUAGUAACUCUCUUCUCGGGAUGCUGCCAUGGCCUACAAUCUCCCGUCGCUGUCACCAUUUCUAGUAGGAGAGGUUUUGGGGCCACACUCGCUGCCGGCGCCGCGAUCGUGGUCGGCAGUCAGUCAGCGGUGGCAGCCGAUGAUGACGCUGGUAAGAAGAAGGCCAACAACAACAAAACGAAGAAAGACAAGGGGGGUUACGAAUACGCGGCUGCCGACGCUACGUGGUACGGAACCGUUCUGAAUGAAAAGGAGAGCCAGGUGGCCGGAGGACUGCUGGAUAAACUGGGCGUCGACGACAUUGCCCCCGACAAGGACGCCAAGACGGCCGGGAAGGGAAAGUUCAACACGGUAAAGUAGACUGGUUCGAGUACGAGGAGAAGCUAUCUAGUAAAAGACACGACAGGCACGCCAAUAGUAGCUAU